GUUUGGGACCCCAAAUUAUAAUAUGAAAUGUAUUGGGUAAAAUUUGUAAAUAACAAAAACUCUAUCACUUUUGUAAUUUUAGAUAGAUUCCUGUGUCUCUCUCUCCCCGCUCUGUGUUGAAGCUUAUCUCCGUCCCAAAAUCACACAUCAGGAGCCCUAAUUCGUCCCAGUUUGAUCUCUGCAGCUCUGCAAAAAAGUUCAGAUCUUGAACUCAUCACCGAUUCUUCAUCAUCAUCAUCUGGAUUACAGUGAAGCAAAGCAAUGAGCUCUAAUUGUAAUUUUACUCUUUUAUCAAUUCAAUUCAAUUAAUUGAAAGAUUGUAUUCGUUGAAUUGAUUUUGCUCUGUAUGUAUGUGUUAACAUGCUAUCUUUUAGUAGAGUCCAUUUGCCUCGCCUUUUCCUCAACACAAGUUACGUUAUUAAUCAGCUUGUUUCUGUAAACCGUUUUAAAAACCCAUCCUUGUUUUCCAACUGCUCUAUUUUGUCUUACCAUUGGCAUCUUAAAACUCAUACCCAAAUUCACACAGCUGCCAAACUCACUACUUCCAAUUCUUCACUUGUAUAUUACAGAUAUGUCCACCUUUUGUUUUAUCAUUCUUCCUUGCAACCCCCAUCUCGAUCUUUAAGGCGAAGAAUUCAUAAAAGAUUGAAAUUUGCCUCGAAACCUGUUCUAAAUGUAGCCCAAUUUAAGCGGGCUGUAUCCCAGCUUCCACCCAGGUUCACCGCUGAAGAAAUUUGCAAUGUUAUAACUCUGCAAGAUGAUCCUCUAGUGUGCUUGGAGGUGUUUAAUUGGGCUUCGCAACACUCUAGGUUCAAUCAUGAUGUCUCCACAUACCAUAUUACAAUAAAAAAGCUUGGUGCUGCAAAAUUAUACCAAGAGUUGUAUGAGAUUGUUGACCGAGUGCUUGUUGUUCCUUACUUUGGUUCUGAGGCUUUGUAUAACACAAUAAUCUACUUCUUUACAGAAGAUCGGAAAUUAACUAAGGCUGUCAAUAUAUAUAAGCACAUGAGAAAUAGCAAGAAUGUGGAAUGUAGGCCUUCGAUCAGAACCUAUAAUCUUCUAUUUUCUGCACUUCUGAGUCGGGGAAGCAAUUCUUAUAUUAACCACAUGUAUAUGGAGACUAUUAGAUGCCUCUUCAAGCAAAUGGUGAAUGAUGGUGUUGAACCUGAUAUUUUCUCAUUGAAUUCCAUGAUAAAAGGGUAUGUCCUUUCACUUCACGUAAAUGAUGCCCUAAGAAUAUUUCAUCAGAUGGGUGUGGUCUAUAGCUGCCUGCCCAAUUCAUAUUCCUAUGAUUAUUUGAUUCAUGGGUUAUGUGCCCAAGGGAGAACGAAGAAUGGUAGGGAUUUGUGUAAUGAAAUGAAGAAAAAAGGGUUCGUUCCAAGCAGUAAGGCAUACAACUCCCUUGUGAACUCUUUGGCUCUUGAUGGAGAAGUUGAUGAAGCAGUGAAUUUGUUGUGGGAGAUGAUGAAAAACCGGAGGUCUGCUGAUUUGGUCACAUAUCGGACAGUACUUGAUGAGAUCUGCCGGAAACAGAGGGUUGGAGAUGCCAUAAGGUUGUUGAAGGAGUUGCAAGAGAAGGAGCUUGUGGAUAAUCAUACUUACAGGAUGCUUUUGCAUAAACUUCAAGGACAACCUCAGGAACUAAAAUGAUAGAAUUGAUUCAGGAAGAUGGUUUGGGUUUCUAAAAGUUGAGUGGAACAGAGCUAUUAUAUCGAUAUGUAAGUGGUUCCUAUUCAGCAAUAAUCAAGACUAAAGUCUGCUGUAAAUGUGUCAAAGCCUAAUUGCUGAAACAAAAAAGUUUCUAGGAAGUUAAAUACCCCCAGUCAUGUUCAUGGGUGUGGACAAAAAUAGCAAGUUUGACGGAAACAGCAUGCCCUAUGAUGCAGCCCAUAAUUGGUGAUGGAAAAUCCACAAUAUUAUGGUUUGAUAAUUGGAUGCCUGUUGCGCCCAUUAUCAUUACAAAAGGGGAAAAUGUCAUAUCUAACGUAGAACUGGGUAGAGAUGCUUUAGUCAGCUCUAUUGUUAUUGGCAGGAAUAGGAAAUGGCCCCAAGCAUAAACUGUGGAUUUAAUAGAGAUUAAGUGCAUUACUAGCAGUAUAUUGAAAACAGAUAGCAACAAAGUUGAUACAGUCAAGUGGCUUCCAAGUACAAAUGGAAGAUUCUCUGCAGCAGCAACAUGGAAGAAGAUUAGGAGUCAAGAAGCAGUGACACUUGGUACUUCAUAACUUGGUUUAAAAUUAGCUAUACCAAGAUUCACCUUUAUUUUCUGGAUAGCAAUGAAAGAAAGAAUGAGUACACAGGGCAGACUGAUGAGCUACUUUGCAGUGUGGAUUUACUAAGACAAUUUGGGGCUACUAUGUGGUGAGAGAAUGAAUCUCAUGACCAUCUAUUCUUUCAGUGUCAAUUUACUGAGAGAAUUCAGGCCUACAUGCUGUCAAAAUGCAAUGACCGAUGGCCCAACAGUAGGUGGAAAAAUGAUAUUGGAAUGGGCAAUGAAUGCGUGGAGGGGGAAGUAUUUCCCAAACACUCUGGCCAGGUUGUUAUGCCUUGCUGUCGCUGUUUACUCCAUAUGGAAGGAGAGAAAAGUAGGUGUACAUUUGAGCAUGUACAGUGACCAGUGCAGCUGAUGAUUAAGGAGAUUGAGCUAAUUGUGCCUGAUGUGUUGGAAAAAUCACAAAAGAAGAAACCCAGGAACUUGUAAUUUAUGAGGCAGUGGAACCUUCCAGAGAAUAUUUGUAGACUGAUUGUGCUUAUUUGGUACAUAAGCUGAUGCUGCUUUGCUGUUACAGUCUACUAUGUUUGCUCGGAUCAGCUGCUAGGCCCUGGUGCUAUUUUGUUGCUACACCUCUGCCCCAAGGCUAUUGCUGUUUCUCUGCCCAUGUAUUUGUAUGAUGCUGCCCCCUUUCUUUUGGUUGCACGGAUAUGUUGUCCUGCUACUGCUGCUGGCAGUUUGUUCAUCAAUAUGUUGGUUGAUAUAUGUAUAUCGUGAAUAUAGGUUUCUUGAGCCACUCACUUCCACCAGCAGAUUCUUUGAUACCGACAGACCUUCAGUUUCUUAUAUGCAUGGCCAUAUUAUUGAAAGGAUGAUAGUCGGAUAUCAGAUUCCUCUGUUUAACAUACAGAGCUGCAGUUAUUCCUGGUAUGUUUUUGAUUGAAUAAAUGAAAAUGUGAGUAUAACCAUGUGGGUUUUUCUCUAAAUGAAAGCUUUGAUAUUGUGUCUUGUGCAAGAAAA